GUUUCCUAGAUAACGUAUGUGCACACUUCCUGAGGAAGUACGUGUAUAUAUCAUGAGGUUAUUUUUCAGAAAUACGAUACUAUUGUUAAUCUUAUUCUCCUGUAUUUAGUUAGCAUCAUGUCGCAUUUACGUACUCUACUAAUAAUUUUAUUGAAUGGUUUUUGUACCGCAAGAUUCACCAAAGUUCAUUUUGAAGCACCCAAUCUUUCAAAUUAUCCUCGACUUCGUUUACUAGGUACUUUACCUACCCUGACCGAAUUUACAUUAUGUUCCUGGAUAAAAUCGCCAAAGAAUGGAACAUUACUUUCGUAUAGAACAUCGACCUCUGAUCGAUUUCUUGUAACUAUAUCGGGUGCGAAUGUAGAAACAACCAUUGGAUCAGAAUCCAUCAAGCUGAACUGUGAGAAUUAUAAAAAAGGAUACUGGAAUCAUCUUUGCAUCGUAUGGACUGAACAAGAUGGACGUCUGAGAAUAUUCAUGAACGAAAAGAUAUGUGAUGUGGCGAGUAGACCUCAGAUUGCGUCUGGUGGACGUAUUCACGAAGGUGGAACUUUAGUUAUUGGCCAAUAUCAACAUGAUACAGAUCUGAAAUUUGAUCCCGAUCAAGCUUGGGUUGGUGAUAUCGCCAUUCUUCGCCUUUGGGAUGAGGUGUUAACAUUUGAACAGAUUGUAAAAGCUGGCAAGUGCAAUGGACACCUAAAAGAUGGAAAUAUAAUUACUCUAAUGAAGACUCCUAUGAGUGCAAUGGAUGGAGUGAUAUUUUCGAAAACAGAUCUAUGCGAAUAAUAUUUUUAACUUUAUAAUUUAGUGUCAUAACCAGAGGCGCUUUAUCCUAUGGACGAGAAGGGCAAUUGGGUUAACAAGGGAGCCAUUAACAAGGGAACCAAACCAAUCUUUC